GAGUGAGUGAGAGGAGGAAGGAACAGUCAAAUCGCCGAAAGAAAAACACAUCCCGAACGUCAGUCAAAUCAUGAAUCCAGAAUAUGACUACCUGUUUAAGCUCCUCCUUAUUGGUGACUCCGGUGUGGGAAAGUCCUGUCUUCUGCUCCGAUUUGCUGAUGACACCUACACAGAGAGCUACAUCAGCACCAUCGGUGUAGACUUCAAGAUCCGCACCAUCGAGCUGGACGGCAAGACCAUCAAACUACAGAUUUGGGACACCGCUGGUCAGGAGAGGUUCCGCACCAUCACCUCCAGUUACUACAGGGGGGCCCACGGCAUCAUCGUGGUCUAUGAUGUCACAGACCAGGAGUCGUACAACAAUGUGAAGCAGUGGCUGCAGGAGAUCGACCGCUACGCCAGCGAGAACGUCAACAAGCUGCUGGUGGGGAACAAGUGUGACCUCACCACCAAGAAAGUAGUGGACUACACAACAGCCAAGGAGUUUGCCGACUCCCUGGCCAUCCCUUUCCUGGAGACGAGUGCCAAGAACGCCACCAAUGUGGAGCAGGCCUUCAUGACCAUGGCUGCUGAAAUCAAGAAGAGGAUGGGCCCCGGGGCCACGGCCGGAGGGGACAAGCCCAACCUGAAGAUAGACAGCACCCCUGUCAGGCAGUCUGGAGGGGGGUGCUGUUAAACGGGACCCUGUUCUGAAUGCCCUCCUCUUCUUCACCCUCCCUGCCCUGGGCUUCACUUCCUCCACCUCUUCAUCCCUCAGCCUCCCUCCGCUCCCAUCUCCAUCUCCCGUUCUCUUACUCUUGCCAAGGGAUGGGUGGUUGGAUAGGGAGAGGUUGAGAGAAAGGGAUGGAGGGGAGGAGUUGAGGCGUGAGAACUGGGGGGCCGACUUGAAGACCGUAUAGUGAAGAGAAAAGGUUGGGGGGUUGGGGGGGUUGAGAACUUUUUCAUUUCUGCCGAGCGAUGAGGCAGGAAGGUAAACAGAUAUGAGAAAAGAUUUGUAUUGACUUAGAGGGGAACUGGGUGAUAUAAGAUUAGGUUUUAGAUUAUCUCCCUCUCCUGCCACACACACACACACACACACACACACACACACUGAUAGUGGGCCAGGGGGCGGAGGGAUUCUCCCAUAGGAAGUAGUCACAGGUGUGGUUCUCUUUCCUUCAGGCUAUGUCUGCCAUUACAACCCAAUGGAAGUCACAUAGCAAAAUGAAGUUUAGAGUGCUACAAUAAUCUAUCAUUUAAGUAUUGGGCCUGUUUUAUCUCAGACUGUUGGGGUGCCUUGUAGUCAUGGUCGACACGUCACCAUCUUAAGUCUGUCUAUAGGUAUCAAGUGAGUGUUCAAUCUAGCCAACGUUCCACAUGCAAUAGUAACGCCAAUGUACUAUGUAUACUCAUGCAUCCGUCCAUUGGAGCAGACUGCCGACAGUCCUGUACCACUAUUAGGGUACUAACAACGGAGGCAUCCAUCAUAUGAAUUGAUGAGGAUGCAGGUGUCAUAUAAAUAGAAUGAAUAGACUAGACUCUGAAGGGAGGCAUCAGCUGAGAGGGGAGACAUACACUUAGUCUGUGUGGAGAAGAGGGUUCUGGGGGGUGGUGGGAAGGAUAGCUCUGACUCCUCAUAGAGGCCUGCGCUUUAGGUUGAUUCGACACAGAACAGGAUCACUUUUGGUCGAGUUGGAAUCCCUCCAUCCCUUCAUCCCUCUACAUGCAGAAGGGAGGAUGUAGUGAGAGAGUGGGAGAGAGAGAGACACUUGGCUUUUAAGCGCUGUAAUAUAUGGUGUUAGUUAGCUCACAUCACUGCUCCUCUUAGGAUUUCACAUGAAAAAAAAAAAUAGAGAUAAAUGUGAGAUAUGCUUAGGUCAUGUUUGUAUGUCUUUAAGUUGUCAGGACACUAUUACAGUAUGCCCAAGGUGGUUCUAAAACAUGGACAGACAGUACACACACACACACAGAGAAAACGGGGCAUGACGUAGGACUAGAUUAGUGGCAGGAGUAGGUAGGGGCUUGGGUAAUGCAACCGAUAUUCACAACUAAUUAACAGGACAUAUGAAACAAGAAAUUGGCAAUAUUCUGUGUUCGUAUGAAUAGAUUAUUAAUAUUGUUUAUUACAAUGAUUUUAUUUUAUUUUAUUAUUUGUAUUUUAUUUUUUUAUUCUUUUUUUUGAAAAAAAGCUUAAAUA